CAUUGCUGCCACUACAGUGCAUGAUCAUGAUGCAGUUCUUCCUCUAAAAGCCUUCCUGUGUCAUGCAUUCUUUCAAACACCAUAGCCACUAAGAUGAUGGAGAAAAAGUCAGUCCCUAAAUACUCAUGCUCCUACUCUGAAUUUGGCUUCGGAGAAGGAUCAAACUCCUACAACUUCAACGGGCCACACCAGAAGGGAACUGGAUUCUGUGCAGCAAAUGAUCCAGAGCUCAAGAGGAAGAAGAGAAUCAAGUCCUAUAACGUUUUCACUGUCGAGGGAAAGCUUAAAGCAACUGUCAGAAACGGCUUCAAGUGGAUCAAGAACAAGCUUGGAGAUAUUCGGACUUGUGUCUGAACUCUUUUAUAUUUAUAUCAUUAAUCAUUAAUUACAAUUAAUGUCUUCUUCUUCUUCUUCU